AAAACUAUGAUAAUCAUACUUUCUAAUAUUUGCGUAAAACUAUGAUAAUCAUAUUUCCGCUGGGUGCCAAUGCGCUCAUAUGUACUUAACCGGUUCCGAUAAAUCUUUCAGUCAUAAAGCUAAAAGGACCGUGUAAAUUGGUUGCCGUGAUUUUCAUUAGGCGAUUGUUGAUAAUAAUGGCAGGCAUAUGGCAGAUUGACACAGAUUGUGGCAGAUCCUGCGUUUGGGUUUGAUGGCUGUGAGAUGACAUUAAUAAGUAGAAACUAGUUGGUUAUAUGAACAGAAUUUUAUUCACAUGGAUAGCAGUAAAAGUGGGAAAGCUGAAGGGACUCGCGGAGAGGUGAAGGAAGCUCACAAACUCUUGCAAACACUGCUCAAACCUGGUUUACCGACCAGGAAAAAAGCAAGAUUUUAUGAAUAUAGCAGAAGUUCCAAGACUGGAGAAAGAAUACUCAAGGAGCACGUAAUACCAAAACGCAGGUACAAAAAGAAAACAAAGCCGAGAAAUAGAACUGCAGAAACAUACUCAUCAAAACAGAGAGAUAAUGUCACGCCUGAAAGUAGUAUUGCAACAAAUGAAAUUGUCAAUAAUAUGGAAAAUAUAUAUGGUACUGAAAUCAGCAAUGAAAUUCCUAAUAGAAGGGAAGAUGUGUUCACCAGGAGCACUGAGUUGUUAAGGACUAUGAUUCGGCCAGUUGGUAGGAAAAAAUAUAAAACUAAAUCUUGGUUUGACCGAACAAAAUCUAAUCAAGAUAAGUGGCGAAGAAAUAGACCUUUAAUUUGGGAAAUUAUGUUGGCAGUAGAAGAACUUACUGGGUUUUGUUCUGUAUGCAAUGACAGAGAUGCAGUCAUUAGAUGUGAUGAUUGCUGUAACAGUGCUCUCUGCUAUGUGUGUGAUGAUAUUGUGCACACUAAUCUCCCCUUACAUGAUCGAUGUGUCUUUUUGGAUGGAAUUCAACAACGUAUAACUCCGUUGGAAGCAAUAAAUGAUAACAUGGACAUUGAACCAACAGUAAAAUCUGUGAAGCUCAAGUGUUUCUCUUGUGAGCAUUGCGAUGGAAAAAACAUAAGACAAGAGGUUACUGAUGAUAUCUGUAUGGUGGUUACAUUGAAAGGGCGGUAUGACAUUUUCAAAUAUAGAAUUUUAUGUGAAGACUGUGGCGGCAUUACCAACCCAUUUGAUAUUAGCUCAGUGCUAAAAUCAGGGUAUUGGCCUGGGAGUCCGUGUUCCAUUAAUCAUCUGAUUAAAGAAGAUGUUUUUAUAUUAUGGGAUGCAUUUCGUAGCAGAAUGCCUGGUAGCUCUUUAAAGGCAUUCCUUACAUCAUUAUGUGAUAUUGGUGAAUACUAUGGAAGGACAAACAUGAUCAAUGUCAACACAUUCUCAUCGUCAUUUAAAGAAUGGAAAUAUUGGAGACAUGAGAAAGACAUGAUUCAAAAGAUGAACUGGCUUGAAUGUCCGCCAUGUACAGUAAAACAACACAGCUGUCAUGUAGAUGGAAACUGUAAAUUAUACAGAUAUUCCUCCUCCGGCAAGCGAAGAAGGCCAUCAUAUUAUGGUGAAAUGCUGUUUGGGUCAAAUGAAAAAGUAAAUUCAUAUUUGGAACAACUAUAUGGAAAUUGGUCUUUUGUAAACAAGGGUGACACACAAUGUGGGGGGCGAUGGUCAGCAGCAAGAAAUGUGAAAAGAAAAGCGAAAUCAUUAGAUGAAACAGGCCUUGAGGUUGCUACUUGUAGGCAUGUUAUUGGACAGAAAGCUGUAAAUAUGUUCCAAGGAGAGCUGUUUGGGUAUUCCUUGUUUAUAAUGAAGGAAUUCAUGAUUCCAAACAGUGUGACAUUUUGUUUUGCUGAUGUAAUGUGUAAACUUUGGAAAUUCAUCUGCAAACAUGCACCUGACAUUUCAAUUGCAAUUAAACCAGCUCUAUCUAUUAUGCAUGCUAAGGGACAUGCACACGACUGCCAAGUUCUGUGGAGUGGUCAGUGGUUGAACGGUACUGGUAAAUCUACUGGAGAGGAAACAGAGCAGAUUUUCAGUUACUUAUCUCGUUUUGGAUCAACUACAAAACAUCAAACCCCAGAAAAUCGUGAGGAAACAAUCACAGAGAUGGUGCAGGCAUGGAAUAAAAGAAAAAUUAAAAAUAUUGUGGUGAAUUUGAAAAAACGUUAUAUAAAGAAUGAAAGGGAGAUAAUGAAAUCCAUCCAAGUACUCCGGAAAUUGGAAAGUGAAACUAACUUACAAAUACGAGAAAAUGUGUCAGACUGGAUAAAAGAAAUAAAAAACACGGCUAGAGGUAUUCAUCUUUCAAAGUCGAAAAAGUCGCUAACGAAUUCAGAAAAAGCUGUGUUGUUAAUAAAUGAUCUGGAAGUAUCAAGCCACAUUGAAUUAUUAGCAGGAAUGUUUUUUCCAAAACAUAUAAAAAAGUCGGCAUAUUAUUCACUGCUCGAUUUUGAUAAAUCUGACAAGACAAAAGAGUUUGAAAGACUGUGUAAGGUGGUCAGUGUAACUAAAAACGUAGUUAAAAAUUCUUACGAACAGAUAAAGGAGUAUGUUUGGAAGCCAUUACUACAAAAAGAAAUCGAAAAAUUGUUUAUGGAAAAGGUUAUUUGGGCAACGAAUAUCAAGAAGGCAGCUGAUACAAGUAAAAGACGACAUAUUCUUCGUGGAAAACAAGCUGUUGUCAAUAAUAAAUUUAAGGAGAUAUUGAACGAAUACCAAAAGUUAUAUUGCUGUAAUACUGAUGACAACGAGUUGUAUGAUUUGUGCGAAAAAGGGUCAUUUCCAUGGCUCAAUACUAAUGUCAAUGUGGUCUCUGGAACAGCUGUCGAUCGACGAAUUUGUGUGGAAGCCUACCUCAAUAAUACUCAUCUGUGUGAAGAAAAAGAAAUUCUGCUGGAAGAAAUGCAAAGUUGUUUACAUUAUUUUUGCUCAAAAGUUAAAUUGCUCGAGGCAGAUUAUAAACGAAUCAUGACAGAAGUUGAAUCGAGUGGAGAGGAAGAACUGGAAUACGGUGUUUGUUUUUCCAUGGAUCCUGCUAUCAGAGGGAGAUUGGUUUUGGUAAAAACUGCGAUAGCAUAUUAUCAAGGUGAAAUUGAAAAAGCGUUAGCGACAUUUCGAGGUUACUUCGACAGUGAUGGUUUACAUGUUUGUGAAGGCGCGAGCAUCAAUCGUGACAUAAUUAGCAGAAACGAGAGCAGCACCGAAAACAGCAACGAGAGUGACACACAUCUAUCAGAUGAAGAGAGCAGUGCUACAUCACCUAUUGAAAUGUUCGAUAUUGCAGAUAUCUCAUUCGAUUUUAUUUCAUCCAUGGGAAUGGAACUCGGAAAUUCAUUUGCAUUUGGUGAUUGUACUGUUAAAGAAAAAAAUGAGUCAAUCGAUAUUAUGCUACCAACGGAUUGUUGCCAAAAUAAAUUGGCUGGCAGUAAUGGAAGCAAUGCAUGUGUCAUCAUUUCUUUACUAGUCGGAUAUAUGAUGACUAAUUCCAAGGGUGUUUUAGCAAAAAAUAACAAUUACCAACAAUUCUGCGAAUCGUUUAUCUCCAUUUUUUGUGGCGCUGUUUAUGCCGGAAAUUUUUUGUAUGACCAUCACGACACUAGAGGUUUUCUCCAUAUUGUGGAGGCUCUAAGUAUACUACCUGCCACUAUAAAUAUAAACAUUGGUGACGAAAAUAACAUUUUCGCUUCGGAGUUUAAACGUUAUAUUGAAGAUACUUCGCAAUUGCAGUGCAACUAUUUUUCUGUACUAAUUGUCAAUAACAUGGCUGUAUGUAUUCUUCCAACAGAAAGAGGUGUAGUAAUUGUUGAUAGCCACGGUUAUGAUCCAUACGGCGGAAAAGUGUCUUUCAUCGACAAUAAAAAUAUACCUGACGAAUUUCCAUUGUUUAACAAGGACAACGAUUUAGCCUACACAUGUGUUGUCAAAUGUAGGUGACAAAUUGCACAAAUGUAUUUAAACGUUUUUUUUACUUUGUUUUUAUAUCUUGUACGAGUGUUUAAAAAAAUAAAUUCUGACCCAGAGAA